CUCUCUUCAAACAAAAUAAGGCAAUAGAGGUAGUAGGGCCUCGAAAAACUAGUACCAGAAAAGCAUUUUCCAAAUUUGCACCUACCACGCCCACCUAAACAAUCUUUUUACAAAUGAAAGUCCCAUAACCACCAAACCCGCCCGCCCAUUCACAAACCAUCAUCGACCCCACAAUUUUUCUCCUCUCCCUCCGCCACACCAACUUCCAUGGCGUCAUCUAUUUCCCCUAAACAGGCUUUAUCAUUCACCAGUUCCGCCCAACAACGCCACCAAUCCAGAGCAAUUCCACGUGAGUUCCACGUGCGUUUCCCUGCUUCUGCCUCUUUACCUUCUUCCAGGUGUGCGGUGAAGUCGAAAGCCGCGAGAUUGAAGGUGUUGGCGGCUUCUGCGGCGAAGGUGAUGGAUCAGUCCCCGAGUAAAGCGAGUCCUCAGGCUCCUACUGUUGUUGAAGUGGAUCUGGGUAAUCGGAGCUACCCGAUUUAUAUUGGGUCUGGACUCCUUGAUCGACCCGACCUCCUUCAAAGACAUAUUCAUGGGAAGAGAGUCCUUGUAGUUACGAACACUAGAGUUGCCCCUCUAUAUCUUGAUAAAACAAUAAGCGCCUUGACAGAUGGAAACCCUAAUGUUACCGUAGAAAGUGUCAUUUUGCCAGAUGGUGAGCAAUUUAAAAAUAUGGAAACUCUUAUGAAAGUCUUUGAUAAAGCCAUUGAAUCAAGGCUGGAUCGUCGUUGUACAUUCGUUGCUCUCGGUGGUGGAGUCAUAGGUGACAUGUGUGGAUAUGCCGCCGCUUCCUACCUCCGCGGAGUUAAUUUUAUUCAGAUUCCUACCACUGUUAUGGCACAGGUAGAUUCUUCGGUUGGAGGCAAAACUGGAAUAAACCAUCCACUUGGUAAAAAUAUGAUUGGAGCAUUCUACCAACCACAGUGUGUGCUUAUAGACACGGACACCCUGAAUACUUUACCAGAUAGAGAAUUAGCAUCCGGCCUUGCAGAGGUGAUAAAAUAUGGACUCAUUAGAGAUGCUGAGUUUUUUGAGUGGCAAGAACAGAAUAUGCCGUUAUUAUUAGCAAGGGAACCCGCUGCAUUUACCUAUGCUAUCAAGCGUUCCUGUGAAAACAAAGCAGAGGUUGUUUCUCAAGAUGAGAAGGAAAGCGGAUUGAGGGCAACUUUGAACUUGGGUCAUACCUUUGGUCAUGCAGUUGAGACUGGCUUUGGCUAUGGGCAAUGGCUUCAUGGAGAAGCAGUUGCUGCUGGAACGGUCAUGGCUGUUGACGUGUCACGCCGCCUUGGUUGGAUUGAUGAUUCACUGGUACAGCGGGUGCAGAAGAUCUUACAACAGGCAAAGCUGCCGACUUCACCUCCAGAAACUAUGACAGUGGAGAUGUUCAAGUCUAUCAUGGCUGUUGAUAAAAAAGUGGCAGAUGGGAAGCUGAGACUUAUCCUUUUAAAAGGUCCACUAGGUAGCUGUGUGUUUACAGGUGAUUAUGACCAGAAGGCCCUCGACGAAACACUCCGUGCAUUUUCCAAGUCUUAAUCAAUCGUGGUUGUAACAUAGAAGUAAAUGUUCAACUAAAAUGCAAGUCCUGAUUAUCUGCUUAAACUCUUAGUCCUGCUCUGAAGAAGUUGGUGAAGACUCAAGGUUGUAGGCAGUUCUGUUUCCGGCUGGAGGUAUGCUCAUGCCCUCCAUGAAAUACUAGAUGGAGUUGUUACCCUUGGUUAGUGUAAUAUUAUCUCGAGCUUUCUUGUUUGUAUACAGCAUGUGUGUGUAUUUUUACGCAGUCAAAUCUUCUUUAUACUUGUAACAUGCAUUUAGGGCCUUAUUGAUUGGGACAUUGGCUUAACAGCGGAGCUCCUUUAACUGUUGUAUCUGCUAAUAAUAUUCAUAAUGGAUGAGUUGUCUCUUUUAACUAA